UGGACAGAAAAGAGAGCGCAGCGCCUUCUGAAAACACGAGACUUCUUUCUCACUUGCUGCAAAUGGUGUCUUUGGGCGUUCCUCAAGAGAGUGUUAAACUGCUUCUGAGGUCAGCGUCGCACACAGUGCGGUGCUGUUGAAGGCUUGCGAAAUGCCACCUGCAUCCACGACAGGACGAAUGACAGACGUCUUCACAAAAAAUGCCCCCGGCGAUAGGGACAUCGAACAGGCAAUCACAGCGCUCAAGAAGGGUGCGACCCUGUUAAAAUACGGGAGAAGGGGGAAGCCAAAGUUCUGUCCGUUUAAGCUCUCAGCUGAUGAAACUGAACUGAUAUGGUAUUCAGGGCCUCAAGAGAAGACGUUAAAACUCAAAUCGGUCACCUCAAUUCUUCAUGGUCAGCGUACGCCUGUUUUCAAUCGGUAUCCUCGUGCUCAUCUAGAUUCUUAUUCUUUCUCUCUUAUUUAUAACAAUGGCGAGCGGUCACUUGACCUGAUAUGUAAAGACAAGGAUGAGGCAGAUGUUUGGUUUACAGGGCUGCGUGCCCUCAUUAAUGGCCAAGCGCGUAAGCCCAAAGACAGGGGUCUGGGGUCUCUUGAAAGUAGUCCUCCUCCUUCUCGGAUUAGAGAAGGGUCGACAUCUCUCCUGAGCUCACCGUUUGGGAGCCAGGAUGAUCUCCAGGCCCUGGCUCCAAAGUCAUCACUUGUUCCGGGGUCACCACUUAGGGCCAGAAAAUGGCCCCUCAUGCCAUCCUCUCCACGCAUAAGCUACUCGGCACAACUGAGGGCUACGCCGCCAACUUCUCCGCCACCUGUGUUCUUGGAUGGGCCAAGGAGCGGGGAUCGCAUGCUUAGCCCAUAUGCAAGCCCACCACAUGGAUUAGACCUUGGGGAUGGACUGCAGUCUGCGCUCCUUCCUCUGCCACCGGCAGUCACACAAAUUGUCAGAGACGGGUCUGAGGUAGGAUCUGACAGUGGCAGCAGUAGCCAGUUUGGUGUAUUGGGCUCUGCAAUAAGCAGGGUUCAAUUUUUUGAGAAUUCCAGACUAAGUGUAUCGAGCCAGGUGAGCACUUCAAGCCAGGGGUCGGGGAUGGAUGACAGCGAGAACCUGGGGGAUGUGUACAUGUGGGGAGAAGGUAUCGGGGAUGGUGUGCUGGGAGGUGGACAGUGGCGAAUUGGAAGUGGUGGCCCUGGAGCAAAGCUAGAUGCUCUUCUGCCUAAAGCACUCGAAUCUACAGUGGUCUUAGAUGUGCAGAUGAUUGCUUGUGGCGGCCGGCAUUCCACUUUGGUAAAUCGCCAAGGGGAGGUGUUCUCCUGGGGAGAGGAGUGUGGCGGGAGGCUUGGCCACGGUGUUGAUGUGGAUGUCAUGCAUCCACAGCUUGUCGAGGCGCUCUCAAACACCCUGACUGAUACUGUAGCAUGCGGAGAGUAUCAUACCUGUGCAGUGACAGCUGCAGGAGAGCUGUACACAUGGGGGGAUGGGUCCCAUGGCUGCGGUUUGCUUGGGCAUGGAAAUGAUUUCAGUCAGUGGGUUCCAAAGAGGGUUCUGGGGCCUUUGGAUGGGCUUCGGGUGACGCAAGUUGCGUGUGGGCCAUGGCACACAGCUGCUGUGACAAGCAAUGGGCAGCUAUUCACAUUUGGGGAUGGAACUUUUGGGGCGCUUGGUCAUGGGGACCGAAGCAAUGCUGCCUUGCCGAGGGAGGUAGAGGCGCUGAAGGGUUCACGCGUAAUUAAGGUUGCGUGUGGAGUAUGGCACACGGCAGCAGUAGUAGAGACACUUUCUGUGGAUUCAAGUGUAAGUAGCUGUGCAUCUGGGCGUCUGUACACAUGGGGGGAUGGGGAUAAGGGCAGGCUUGGGCAUGGCAACAAAGAAGCGAAAUGGGUGCCGACAUUUGUGCACGCCCUCGCUGAUCACUCGAUAGUGCAGGUUGCAUGUGGGCACAGUCUCACGGUUGCACUGACUUCAAUGGGCCAAGUGCACACUUUUGGCAGUUCAGUCUACGGGCAGCUGGGUGUCCCAAAUGCAUCAGGGAAGCUGCCAGCCUUGGUGGAGGGAAAACUGAAGGGACAGUAUGUGGAUUUCAUUGCUUGUGGGGCUCAGCAUGUGGCAGUAGUGACCAACUCGAAGGGUGUAUACACGUGGGGAAAGGGGGCCAAUGGGAGACUGGGUCAUGGGGAUGUCAAGGACAGGGACUCACCGGCACUUGUGGAAGCCUUAAAAGACAAACAUGUUACCCAUGUGGCAUGUGGAUCGAGUUUCACCGCUGUCAUUUGUCUGCACAAAUGGGUGUCUGGCGCAGACCACUCACAGUGCACAGCAUGCAAGUCGUCAUUUGGACUCACCAAGCGCCGCCAUAACUGCUACAACUGUGGCAUGGUGUUUUGUCAUAGCUGCAGUAGCAAGAAACAAUACAAAGCCAGCAUGGCCUCAAAUCCCCACAAGCCGGCAAGAGUCUGCGACAAUUGCUUCGUGAAGCUAGCAAAAGCUCAAGAGGCUGGCAUGAGUGGCUCGUAUCGUGGCGGGAAGAAUAAAUGGAAGAGUCAGGGCCAUAAGAUAUCCAUAGAUGGGAUGGACAAAAGUGGAAAGCCUCCGAUGCAAUUCAAGGUAGGGUCAGAAGGAGAUCUGAUGACUCUGAAAGGCUCCCAAAUGCGUAAUCCGCGCAAACGGUCCGAGUCCAGGGGGCGUGCUUCGGUAACUCCACUGAACGGCACGUGGGGUGCAGUUUACCCCCCCGCGCCUUUCAAUCAUGCUUUUGUCCCACCUGGUCUGCCCUGUGCGCCUGUACCAGCAGCUCCGUCCCCUCGAUCACCAACCCCUCCCCGUCGUCCAAGUCCCACGCGCUUGGGUGCCAUGUCCAUUUCAUCUGGGAGUGCUUCACCACGGAAAAUAGUCGAAGACCUGAAGAAGACAAACGACGCCAUGGGUCAUGAGGUCCUCAAUCUCCGAUCAAAGAUUAAGGAUCUUAAUGAGAGAUUACCUGAGCAUGCACGGUACCGAACAAGUGCCACUGGGAGGACAUCACACCCAGUGAAUGGGAUUGAGCAGGACAGGGAACCAACGUCGAAUGCACGCCGGAGGUUCACCAUGAGUCCAACAGGUCCUAUGACGAGAGGGAGCGUGGAUCUGGCUAAUGAUCCUGCUUCCCUGCGACCUCCAGACAGCAAUGGCAUGGCCACACCCGUGCAGGACGCACCCACACCGAGAUCACUGGUAAGAAGCACACGGGUAUCGCGGUCAUCAGACGGCAAUGAGACUACCAGGUCUCUCGAUAGAACUGUCCGGCGAGACGAUGUAACGAGGUCGUCUCACAAUUUGCCACUGUUAUCUAUACCUGGACCAAAUCACGGAACGUCUUUGUCGAAUGGUGGUGGAGCUUCAACACCACAAGCGAGUGGUAGCGCCAAUGCGGGAGGUUCUCAUACGGGAAGGCAAGGCCAUUCUCACAGUGGCUCAGGAGGCGGUGGAGCAGUCUCUGGCUCAGGAAGAAGCCAAGAGAGGGAGUGGGUGGAACAGGUUGAACCCGGUGUGUACAUAACUCUUCUGGCGCACCCAAGUGGUGGUAAUGAGCUCCGGCGCAUCAGGUUCAGUCGGAAGAUCUUCAGUGAGAGACAGGCAGAGCAGUGGUGGGCAGAGAACCGUCCACGCGUUUUGGAGCUAUACAAUAUACGCAGCCCUGAACGAAAUCCGGCGGAUAGGGCGACCACCCCCCCAAGACCAUCAUCGGCGCCUUCGUCGCCAAGGGGCCAGGGGCGUGAUAGCUCUGCUGCAAGGAACGCUGUCCCAACAGGCGUGAGCGAGUCAGCAGCAGGAUCUUUCUCGUUUCAGAGCUGAGCAGCAGAGUCCAUAACCAUUUACAACUCAUAUAAUAGUGAGUGUCUGAGCAAGGUUGACCCACAGCAAUGGUGGGCAGGGGGAAUUUCUUGGGAUUGGCAACGGAUGGCUUAUCCUCUAUCACAGUCUUUCCACGUAUUUGGCCGGGGAGCACGCAUACAGAGAGAAUCAUUUCGAUCUUUCUCUGGGAGAGGAGAGGAGGAGGAAGAAUAUGUCGCACUGUGGCCGCAUGUCUUCUCCGAGGAAAAACAUGGCCUGGAGAAUUGGAGGGACCUUGAGCAGGUCUUUUCUAGUGAGGACGAACGACCAUGGAGAUUAGCCAUCGCCAUCCAGAUGCUGCUGUCCAUACACAAGGGCAUACAUGGGAGUUCUCUGGGCGGACCCCGUAGGGAUACUGUGCAGUAAAGUUGCAGCAGUCCGAUGUUUCUACGUUGCUGCUGCUGCAUGCGGCGGAAGAUAUGCCUGCUGUCUCGACUAAACCAAGGAAAUCACUGCUUGUACCGGUUGUGCAUAUCUAAAUUUCGUCGUCAUUUCAUGCCGAGCAAUGUCUUUCGUGCCGGUGCAGCAGGACUUCUCCUAUGUGGUUUGCGACUCUGGGACGAGAGCUUCAUCUUCGAGGCCUGUGUUCAGGAUGCUGCGGCCAUCGGGAGAAUUACGACGGUGGCAGUGUAGCAUGCGGGCGAUGAUGUGAUGGUGAGGAUGACGGCGAAGCUCGCAAUGACGAUGAUGGCGAUACCGAGGGUGACGAUUUGAGGUGCAGUUGUGAUUGUUGUCCAACGGAUAGUAGUCCCAAUGGGAUUUCUUGCUGGCAUGGGACCACCACUGGUCGUGCCGAAAUAAAAGCUGAGCUCAUUUAUCGAGUGGGGGGUGAAGUCUGCGGCUGCGGAGAGAGGGGAGCGGGGCAACCUUCCAGAAGCAGAGCGUAGACGCUGUGGGGCCAAGAACAAUCAUUUGCGAUUUGUGAAGAAUGGGGAAGAGCAGAAAAUUCGCAGGGGUGGAAAAUGACAGGGGAAGAACGAGGUUGGCCGGCGGAGAGAGAGGGAAGAUAAAGAGAGGAGGGAGAAGCAAAAGGGUGCUAGGUGCGAGCGGUCUGUGCAGCAGCUGAGAAUAUCACUCUGUGCGACCGUCCGUCGAGGAAAAUGUCGUCUUCACAGACUCUUCAGUAGUUUACUGAAACGCAGUCGCUCCUCACCUGUGGUGGAACUUGCGUGAAAUGGAUUUGACUGAGCUGAGGGCCUUUGCAGCAUAGCAGGCAGUGCCCAGGAAGAAACAUUCUUUCAUUGUCUUGCAGGUAGAAGAUGUGAAAAGGAGCAUUUUCGCUACAUCCCGUGACUCCUGAACAACUGGCACCAUGCUUUUCUCAUCAAAUCUUGGUUGCGUUGUAUAAUAAUGUAGGUCGCACUUACUUUAUUAGUCGUUGCUGUUCUUGUGUGAAGUUAUUGUCGUCAUCCUCCUUCGUCGGUGUGAACCAAUCGACAGGUUGAAGCAAUUACUUGGUGGGAAUGUAGGAGCAGUAGUCCAGGAGCCUCAGGAGCCUGUCAGUUAAGGGGGGCGGGGGGCAGUUGAGCGCCAAGGUGAAAAGAAAUCUGCCUGAGGUAGGUACGCUAUUUUCUUGGGAGUCGGAUCGCUUCGCUUCGCCUCACCUCUUUUUGAGUCCGGCAUGGACUCAUGCGCAAUGUCGGAGCAGUAGUCCAGGAGCCUCAGGAGCCUGUCAAUUAAGGGGGUGGGGGCUGUUGGGGCCGAAACUGAAAAGAAAUCUGCCUGAGGUACACUAUUUUCUUGGGAUUCAGAUCGCUUCAUCUCACCUCUUCUCGCGUCUGGCAUGGACUUGUGUGCAAUGUGGCAGCAGUCCAGGAGCCUCAGGAGCCAACGGGCCUCGAACCCUCAACCUCAGGCUCGUCGAUUAAGGUGCCAGUUUUUUUUUUGCAAAAGCGAAAAGAAAUCUGCUUGAGGGAAUUUUCGUUAUGAUACGUCAUCACCUUUCUUCUCUGCGCUGUGCAUUCACUGGUCCGUUCCUUUUCAGAAAAGGCGAAGCAGAGAUCCUGCACCAAAAAACUCCCAUCAUCGUCUCCAGCCAGGGCGCAUGCCCCUUUGGCACUGACCAACAGGAUUCGGACUGAAGUAUAGGGGUCCGAUUCGUGGCAAGUCGUUAGGGGUAAGCAGCCGUAAGCUGACUUUUAUCUCCGCAUUACUCCCAUCGCUCCUCACUAUGCUCUGCUAAGACGAUACCGGAAGUUGAAGUGAUUAAUGAUUUGAUCUCUGCUGUGUCACUAUUGACUUGGUUAGGUUGCAUUGUGCAGAGUCUGAGCGGCUGAUGAAUGAGCAACCGCGUGUGAGAGGCUGAAUGACCAAGCGCGGGUGUGCAGGGUUAAGCCACACACAGGGCAGGACAGGCAGUGGGGGGCCGCUUACCCUGAGCGGAGAGGGAUGACGUCUUUAUUUUUGCACGCCGGCUCGGCAGUCCGUAUGCAAGGUUAUGUGCUUCCCUUUGCUCAUGUUUCUGUGCUGCUCCCCCUCUAUUCAAUUUUAUUUCCUCGCAAAUCUAUUACUAUUAUGAGAAUUGCAGCCUGCGCUCUAGCAUCCCUUUGCGUGGGAGAUGCGAAAGAUCGCACCUUUGGGCGCACACUUCUCUGUGAGCGUAGCAUGGCUUUCUCCUCCAUGUUCUGCAGACUGAGCUCUGCCCCAACCUUCCCAUUCGUUUGUGGAACAUGCAUGUUAUGAUGCAUCCCCCCUGCCCCUUAACUGCUUUGCAGUUGCGAGAUAACCCCUGCUAUUGCUCACAGAGGUUUUUCGACCCACCAAUGUCUUGGUGGGUGCCUGGGGCCAAGUGUAUAGCUGCGGUGCAUGGGGAGAAGAAGUGGCUAUGGAGCGGUGUGGGACGUGAAGGAAAGAUGGCGGAGGGAGAUGGCAGAGAUGAGCGCAGAGGGAGAUGACGGAGAGAGAUGAGGGUGGACGUGUAGCAGAACUUGACAGAGGGUAAGAGGUGGUUACAGAAAUGGAGGAUGUUAGUUAAGGUCAGGAAUCUGGGCCAGGAGUUUGAAUAUUAUAUAUGCAGCUAUACUUUGUCCUCUUGCGCUUCCCCCCAGCUUUUCCCCCUCUCCCGUCACCAGCGCCUUUCACUGCUCGCGUGUCCUCUGCUAUCCCCUGGUAUCGAAUGGAAUACUCAAAACUUGCUCUUUUUUUCCUUCCUUUGCUAGACCGAACCUGAACUUCCUCGUCGCGUGCUUCCGCUCCAAUUGGGGACUCUUUAAUUUGAGAUAGCAGUGAUGUCGGUUUCAGGUCAAAUCUUUUACUGUUCAUUUUAGGUCCUCGUACCCCCAGAGCAUGAAAUGGAAUUUAAUGGAUACUUUUUUAAAUGCAUGCCUCCCUCCCUGCCUGCCUGUCUGCAUGCAUGCAUGUGUGGAGAGCGAAAUCAGUGCAAAAUCUCCUGAACUGCGUCUUAGUUUUCGGUGGCUGGCUCCGGUGGAGCAGCGUUGUUGUCAGUGUUUUUUUUCUGUAUGUGCCUGAGUUUUUGACCAGGUUCUUUUACUGAAAAAGUAGGCUUGAAGACAAUAAGUCGUCAAUCGCAGCAGCCUUGUGGUUCUUGUUCGUCGUCGGGAAGAGCGUCGUUUUAAGUGGAUAGAACUGAAAAAGAACAAUACAUUUCCCUGUUAUUACUAUCUAAUUAAGAAGAGGGCAUACUUAUACCAGGACUUUUUGUAAACUCGCUUUGGGACGUAAUCACGGCCAGAUACGUCUGCGCCCAGCUUGCCUUGGAUCCAUUCGUCUUUCUGCCAGACAAUAAACAACUAACCAUCUG